AUGACUCCACCACCAAAUUCAAAUCAAUCAAAAAUAGAAAAUGAAUUUCUUGAUGCACUUUCAAAUCGUAUUCUUAUUAUUGAUGGGGCAAUGGGUACCAUGAUUCAACGAUAUAAAUUAGAAGAAGCAGAUUUUCGUUGUGAUCAAUAUGAUUUAAUGAAUCAUAAAAUUUCACUUAAAGGAGAUAAUGAUUUAUUAUCAAUAACACGUCCGGAGGUGGUUUUAGAAAUUCAUCAAAAAUAUUUAGAAGCUGGUGCUGAUAUUAUUGAAACAAAUACAUUUAAUGCUCAAUUUAUAUCACAAGCUGAUUAUGGUUUAGAACAUUUAGCAUAUCAAUUAAAUUUACGAUCAGCACAAAUAGCACGACAAGCAGCAGAUGAAUAUACACAAAAAACAGGUAUUCGACGAUUUGUUGCUGGAGCAUUAGGUCCAACAAGUAAAACUCUGUCCAUUUCACCAUCAGUAGAAAAACCUGAUUUUCGAAAUAUUACUUUUGAUACUCUUGUUGAAGCAUAUACUGAACAAGCGAAAGGUCUAAUUGAUGGUAACGUUGAUUUAUUAUUAAUUGAAACAAUAUUUGAUACUGCAAAUGCUAAAGCAGCAAUAUAUGCAUUAAAAACUUUGUUUGAAACUAAUAUUGAAUUAACUAGACCAAUUCUUAUUUCUGGUACAAUAACUGAUUUGAGUGGUCGAACAUUAUCGGGUCAAACUGUGGAUGCUUUUGUUAUUAGUGUUUCACAUGCUGAUCCAGUUUGUCUUGGUUUAAAUUGUGCAUUAGGCCCAACAGAAAUGCGACGAUUUUUAGAAGAUGUCUCAAAGGGUACAACUGCAUUAACUAUUUGUUAUGCAAAUGCUGGUCUUCCAAAUACAUUUGGUGAAUAUGAUGAAUCACCAGAAUCAAUGGGACAUCAUGUUGGAGGAUGGGCUCAUGAUGGAUUGUUGAAUAUUGUCGGUGGAUGUUGUGGAACAACUCCUGAUCAUAUUAAAGCUAUGGCUGAAAGUGUUAAACGAUAUCCACCAAGAGUACCACCAAAAGAUUUGCAUAAAGAAGAUAUGCUUCUCUGUGGUCUUGAACCAUUUUGUAUAUCUCGUUAUACAAAUUUUGUUAAUAUUGGUGAACGAUGUAAUGUUGCUGGUAGUCGUCAAUUUCUUCGUUUAUUAAAAAACAAUAAAUUCGAUGCAGCUCUUCAAGUUGCUAAAGUACAAGUAGAAUCUGGUGCACAGAUACUUGAUUUAAAUAUGGAUGAAGGCAUGAUUGAUGGUCAAGCUAUUAUGGCAAAGUUUAUUAAUUUAAUUUCAUCCGAACCCGAUAUUGCACGAGUACCAUUAUGUAUUGAUUCAUCGAAUUUUGCUGUUAUCGAAGCUGGUCUUAAAUGUACACAAGGAAAAUGUAUUGUUAAUUCAAUUUCUUUGAAAGAAGGUGAACAUGAUUUUCUUGAAAAAGCAAGAAAAUGUAAAAAAUAUGGAGCUGCUGUUGUUAUUAUGGCAUUUGAUGAAGAAGGACAAGCUACUGAUAUUGAACGAAAAACGGCUAUAUGUAAAAGAAGUUAUGAUUUAUUAGUUAAUGUAAUCAAAUUUAAUCCGAACGAUAUUAUAUUUGAUUCAAAUAUAUUAACAAUUGCAACAGGAAUGGAAGAACAUAAUGAUUAUGCAAUAAAUUUUAUUGAAGCAAUUAAAUGUAUCAAAGCAUGUUGUCCUGGUUGUAAAACAUCAGGUGGUAUAUCAAAUAUUUCAUUUUCAUUUCGUGGUCAAGAUCGUAUUCGUGAAGCAAUGCAUUCCGUAUUUUUAUUUCAUGCUAUUAAAGCUGGUCUUGAUAUGGGUAUUGUUAAUGCUGGACAAAUUCCUAUCUAUAAUGAUAUUGAUCCAAAACUUUGUGAACUUUGUGAAGCAUGUAUAUUUAAUAAACGAUCAACAGCUACAGAAGAAUUACUUGAUUAUGCUCAACACCUUAAAUCAUUAGCUACUGAUGGAGAUGGUAAAAUUGCACAACAAGAAGAAUUAUGGAGAGUUGAUACAACUGCUGAACAACGUCUUGAAUAUUCUUUAGUUAAAGGUAUUGAUAGAUUUAUAGUAGAAGAUGUAGAAGAAGCAAGACAACAUUAUACACGUCCAUUACAUGUUAUUGAAGGACCAUUAAUGAAUGGUAUGAGUGAAGUUGGAGAAUUAUUUGGUGCUGGAAAAAUGUUUUUACCACAAGUUAUUAAAUCAGCUCGAGUUAUGAAAAAAGCUGUUAAUCAUUUAAUUCCAUUUAUGGAAGAAGAAAAACAAAGAAAUCUAGAAUUAUUAAAACAACAAGGUAAUGCAUCUAUAACUGGUUUAGAUGCUCAAGCAACUAUUGUUAUGGCUACUGUUAAAGGUGAUGUUCAUGAUAUUGGAAAGAAUAUUGUUGGUGUUGUACUUGGUUGUAAUAAUUAUCGAGUUAUUGAUUUAGGUGUUAUGACACCAUGUGAUAAGAUUCUUCAAGUAGCUAAACAAGAAAAUGCAGAUUUUAUUGGUUUAUCAGGUUUAAUCACACCAUCAUUAGAUGAAAUGAUUUCUGUUGCAAAAGAAAUGCAAAGAUUAAAUUUUACUAUUCCAUUAUUAAUCGGUGGUGCAACAACAUCUAAACAACAUACUGCAGUUAAAAUAGCUCCUCGUUAUCACAAUGGUCCAGUUAUUCAUGUAUUAGAUGCAUCAAAAAGUGUUGUUGUUUGUGGCAAUUUACUUAAUAAAGAUAAAAAAGAAGAUUAUUUAGAAGAUAUUGCAGAAGAUUAUAAUGAUAUUCGUGAUGAAUAUUAUGCUAAUCUGAAAACAAUUCGUUGUCUACCUAUUAAUGAUGCACGAAAAAAACGAUGGAUUAGUGAAAAAGAAAAUACAGAUAUUAUUAAACCAACAUUUUUAGGUACAGAAAUUUUUGAUAAUAUUGAAGCAGAAAAAUUAAUUGAUUAUAUUGAUUGGAAACCAUUUUUUGAUGCAAUGCAAAUACGUGGAAAAUAUCCAAAUCGUGGUUAUCCAAAAUUAUUUGAUUGUAAAGAAGUUGGUGCACAAGCUCGCAUAGUUUUUGCUGAUGCACAAAAACUUCUAUCUGAUAUUGUUGCACGAAAAUUAUUUUCAAUUCGUGCUAUUGUUGGAUUUUAUCCAUGUCGAACAUCUGGUGAUGAUAUACUUAUUUUUGAUCCAAAAGAUCCUUCGAAACACAUAGAAACAUUAUUUGGUUUACGACAACAAACAGAACGAGAUUCAAAUGUUUAUAUGUGUUUAUCAGAUUAUAUAUCAUCGACUUCAAUGGAUUAUAUUGGAAUUUUUGCAUUAGGUGUUUUUAAUGUUGAACAAGAAGCACAAAGAUUAGCACAAAAAGAAUCAGAUGAUUAUUCAUCUAUUGUAUUGAAAUUAUUAGGUGAUCGUUUAGCUGAAGCAUGUGCAGAAUAUUUACAUGAAAGAGUUCGAAAAGAAUUAUGGGGUUAUGUACCAAAUGAAAAUUUAUCAGUCAAAGAUUUACUUUCAGUAAAAUAUCAAGGUAUUCGACCAGCUGCUGGUUAUCCAACACAACCAGAUCAUACAGAAAAAAUAACUAUGUGGAAAUUAUUAAAUGCUAGUGAAGCAAUUGGUAUUGAAUUAACUGAAUCACUUGCCAUGCAACCACCUUCAGCUGUUUCGGGUAUAUUUAUGGCUCAUCCCGAAUCAAAUUAUUUUGCUGUUGGAAAAAUAAAUGAAGAUCAAGUACGUGAUUAUGCUGAUCGAAAAGGAAUGUCGGUUAAAGAAAUAGAAAAAUGGUUAUCACCAAUUCUAGCUUAUGAUGUUGAUAUCCAAUAA